AUGGAAAGUUCAUCCUCUGAUUUAAACGGUUGGGAACCAAAUUGUAAGGAAUGCAAUCCUAUACCACCUUGUAGAAAAGGUAGAUUGUUUAAAACAAGAGCGGAAUCGAAUAAGAAAAAUGUUUCAAAUCUUAAAAAACUCGAUAAGAAUUCAUCGGAAUUAUCGAAAUCGACGGAAGUCCUUCAUUCGACAAAGUCUAAAUACAGAGAUGAUGAUAAUAGAUUGCAACAAAGUACAAAUUCGGAUGUUGAAAGAUGUGGUGAAAGGUUGGAGAAAAAACUUUUGAGACGUUCAGCUUCUCAAGAAGUUAUAUCUACCAAAAGAAGUUUAGCUUCUUUGGAAUUCCAAAAAUUAAGACCUCUGAGAGAUGUAAAAAGGCAAAGUCCAAUUAACGCGAAUAAAACAAAUAUUACCAAAGGCUAUUUAAAACCAAAAGAAAAUAUUUUUACUUCAACGAGAGAAUUAGAAAGAGAGUCGGGAGAAAAUGAUGUGAAAUUUAAAAAAAAAAAUUACAAUAAGGAUGAGAUGAUGAGAAAGGAAAAUUCCGUGCCAGAUAGUUGCGUUGAAAAAUCACACGUGCAGUCACAUAACGAGAACAAGAAGGAAAAGUCGGAAAGAGAUGUACCGUCGAAAAAAUUUUAUUUCGGAAUGGAGGAAAACAAUAACGAAAUCAAACCUGUAAAUAAUUAUUUAAGUACAAAUAACGUGGAGAAAACAAAUGCAGAACAUCGUAUAACCGUAGUUGAAAAAAGUAAAAACAUGAUGAAUUUGUAUAAAUCAUGCGAAAGUAGUCAGGAUUGGGAAAGUAGCAUCGAUAAAUUUACAGCAAACUUUCAUAAAACUCAAAUUGUCAUGGCGAAUGGUAAUACAACUUCUUGUUCUAGCAGCUUCGUAAGUGAUCCUGAUGAAGAUGUUGACGGUGGAAUUGCUUUACAACUUAGGCCAACUCUACCAAAAAAGCAAUUGGAAAUACCAAGAUUUUCUCCAACGUCGGCUUGGAGACUUCUUUCGUCUAUAAAUGUGGUUUGCCCUCAAGCUCCAUCACCGGGCGGAAGUGAUGAUAUUCCGGUUUUGAUCGAAGAUCGAAUUCAUUUACCCGUGUCUCAGCAAAUUCUACGAAGCAACCAUGAUAAAUCGGGUGAUUCUGGUAUAUCCGGUGACGCAAGUCCCGGUGGGUGUCCCGAGAGUUCGUCGGAAGUUGCUACCACAACCAACAAACCGAUGGCAACAUCGAGUUCAAAGAAUUUAUUAAUGGCUUGGACACCGCAACAAGAUUUAGAAGAAGAAUCCAGUUCGGAUGAUUUAGAAUCUCCAAUUAAUUCUUCCAAGAAUGUAAUUUCUCAAAUUGCCGGUGCCAAAUUUAGCCCUCGGGGUCAGUUAUUUUUAUCUAGGGAUCAUUCAUUUUCAAUGUCUCUACCGAGAGAAAAUAAAAUGUGCCUGUACCCAGAAAAUAACGAUCACAAGGAUCGAAAUCAGGUAGAUUCGACAUUCGGACUUAAUAGUUUGCAAAAAUUAAAAGUGGCACUAAGCGCGUCUUCGAAAAGAAAUGAUACCUGUGAUUUGCAAAAUGAUAAUUGGGUAUUAAGUAGAAGCGUUCCAAGUUCUUUGAAUAAUAGUCACGUUGCUGUCGCAAGAAGUAUAAGUAAUCCUUCGUCACCGGAGCAAGAUGACGAUUGCGGUCAUCAGAAUUCCAUCAAGCAUCCAUCUUAUUCUUAUUUUGCCGACGGUGGUAGAAUGAUGUAUUUACCCGAAUAUCAUUCGAGAAUGUCUCCGGACGUUUCGAACAAAAGACGAACGACGUCGAACAUGAACGGAGGAUUUUUAUCAAAAUCUUGUGAAAAUAUAAUGCAAAUAGAAAUGAGAAAUUCUAGAAGGUCUAGAACUCCAUCUCCUGUUACGAAUCAAGAUGAAGAUCAAGAUGUUAAAUUAAAAUCAAAUAGUAAUAGGGUAAAUCAAAAAAAGAAAAAAUUUACUUUUCAAAGUACGGUUAGAUUGUUAGAAAAUAAAAGAUUGGCUGAAAAAUUGUCACGAGAAGCUGAAUUGAAAGAAAACCAAAGACUCAGCGAAGUGGAAGCAAUGAAAAAAGUAGAAGAAGAAUUUCAGAAAAAACGUGCAAGAGAAAAAGCAAACAUUAGACAUCAACUUAGAUUAUUUAGUUUAGAAGAAAAAGAUUAUUCUUCUCUUCCUCCUGGAGAAUUCGAAGAUAAUGUUAGGUUGACAUCCGAUAAAUUUCGCACGUCAUCCCCACAGACAAGUCAAAAUUCAGGUUCGAAAAAAUUAUCUACGUCGAAUAAUAGAAAAAUUUCAACGUCGUCUGAUUCGAACAAAUUUGCUUCUUCGACUCAAAUUUUGUCAGAAUAUCGUGAACCAGUGAGAGAAUAUAGAGAUUACCGCCAUCCGAGAUACAACGAACAACUUCAAAUUUUAACUCCGGAAAACAAUAGAAAAUCUGUUGUGGAACAUCCGAGAGUUGUUUAUGAUAUGCCAAAAAGUACAGCAGUUUAUGUAUCCGCAGCAAAUAAUUCAUCCGUACAAAAUCAAUAUAAAGAUGAUUGUCGUAAUAAUUCGUCAUCACCAAUACUUUUACAUUCAUCAUCCGACAAUUAUCGAAAGGAUUUUGCACAUGGAACAUUGCCUACAGGAGGCGGAAGGUCGCUGAACAGUUCAGAUUCUGAAUUAUCACAAUCUCACGUUCGCUCAGCUUCCUCUCAAUUAAUAACUUCACGUAGGCUGAACGCACUUCACAGAAGCAGUUCAGAGAGUUCGAGUAGAUCGCCGAGUCCUGGAGUAAAAGGUUUUGUUGAUGGUUUUCCAACUCCUCCGAGAAGUCGAUCGAAUAGUCCAGUUAAAAUUGACGUUUGUGAAAAAAGUAGAUCGUUAAGUCCGGACAGGUCAACAAUACGUGAAAAUAAUGAUAAUUAUCGAGAUGUUAACGAAAAUCAAUUGACGAGUUAUAAAUCCCUAACAGAUUUGGAAAUAAAAUUAACAAAUAAUAAUAAUAAUAAUAAUAAUACUGAUUAUCACAGCACUUUUAACAGUCACAAAGGUUUGACAAUGGAACGAAAUUUAAUGAAAACGUGUUUGGAGAAUAAUAAAAAUAACGAUGACAUGUUGCUACGUUUGGGUUUGCCUUCUCUACAACCUUUUAAAAAAAGAGAAAAAUCAUAUCGUCCGAUAAAUUUUAAUCCGGCCAGUAAACUUGCUCAAACUGUCAAUUAG